AUGUUUGACAUUUAUAAUGCAAGCAACCAGACUGUUGGUCUGAUGACCAAUUUUGAGUGCCCACCACACAAAGUCACUACGGCCGAGAAAGCCGGCAAGCUGACUGCGUACGUCAUUGUUUUUGUGAUGUCCUUCAUGGGAAAUAAUCUCAUCAUUUACAUCCUUUUUAAAAGCAAGAAUCUGAAACGAAACAUCAACCUUUUGGUUCUGAAUAUGGCCAUCUCAGACUUGUUCACGUCAGUAUUUAUGAUUCCUAGAAGAGUUGUACAAAUCGCUCUGGAAUUACCCUCAGCCAAAUGGAUUCUCUCUGGAGUAACAGGAGAAAUAACUUGCAAGCUGCAGACGUUCAUGCAGGAUUUUUCCGUUGUGGUCUCAACUCUUACACUGGUUUUAAUAUCCCUAGAAAGACUAGUGGCUGUCGCAUUUCCCCUCCGCGCCAAAAUGGUCACAUACAGGUUACGGGUGAUUAUAAUCAUUUUGUCUUGGUUGGUCAGCGCAGCCAUUCAUGCUCCAUACUUCUACAUCUUCAAACUAUUUGAAUUUAACUCUGAAGUGUACUGCAUUGCAUCCUGGGAGCCUGCUUUUGAAGAGCCCUCGACUGGGAAAUUCUAUAUCACCUUUCUUUGUAUUUCGGUGAUUUUAAUUCCGUUUAGUCUUUUAGCUGGCAUAUACACAGUUAUAGUGUUAGUUUUGCUAAGGCAAAAGAAUAUUAUAAGGGGCCAAGUUCGCGGAGGAAUUUCCCGCGAUAAAAUGCACAAAAAUGUGUUGAGAAUGGCGGUGACGAUUGUUGUAAUAUUUGCUAUUUGUUGGGCUCCACUCAAUAUUAAUCUGCUUCUUUUGACAUUUUUCGGGGAAUAUCAAAAUGCGUGGUGCACCUCAUCUGCUUUUGCAUUCACUGCUGAGUUCCUUGUGAUCGCCAACACCGCUUUCAAUCCGUUUAUAUAUUUUUGCUUCUUGGGAAUUUAUCGCCGUAGUCUGUGCAAUGCCAUAUCUGGUUUAUUCCUCCAGUCCAGAGUUCGGAAGGCAAUUGUUAGAUUCAUCCCAAAACGUCGUGAAGCAUUUGAGCUGACAUCCAUUCCCAGAAAUGAAGCCGGAUUAGUUCAAGUGGUCUCCUCUACGAAAUUACACACCGUUUGUGAAAGCAAAGAUAGAGUAGUGGAAAGCGAGCAACACCAAGCAACAUAG